ACUUCCAUUCCAAUCAUAGAUCAUGAUAUAGUGUUCUCUGUCUUAACCUCAAUACCUCCGACCUCAAAUAUAAACAAAAAUAAAUGGAUAAUCAACUUAAAUUUGAGCUACUUAUUUUGAUCUUGACAUUAGUCAUUGCUAGAGUACUGUUUUUGAUACAUAAAAUAACAACAGGGCAUUCCAAAUAUGCAACUGGGAGAAGACAAAAAAGUUGUAAAAGCAUUAUUUGUAUAGGUUCUGGAGGUCAUACCACUGAAAUGUUAAAGUUAAUUGAAACAUUGGAUUUUAUUAAAUAUUCCCCCCGUUACUACAUUAUAGCUAGUAACGAUGUUACUAGUGCUCGAAAAGUGGAAGACUUAGAACAUAUAAAGAGAAAAUAUAUAAGAAAGGAACCAGAUUAUAGAAUUUAUCGCAUCCCAAGAAGUAGAGAUGUAAAACAGUCAUAUAUUACUUCCACCUUUACAACUUUAUACUCUAUUUUAUAUAGCAUUCCCCUGGUAUUACAAACUAUGCCAGACUUAAUUCUGUGUAAUGGCCCUGGAACAUGUAUUCCCAUUUGUGGAUUAGCAUUCCUUCUGAAAAUAAUUUAUAUUGCUGACACAAGGGUAGUGUUUAUCGAGAGCUUUUGCCGAACAAAGACAUUUUCACUUACUGGUAGAAUUUUAAUGUAUUUUGCAGAUAAUUUCUUGGUUCAAUGGCCCUCUUUGAAGAGAAAAUUAAGAAGAUCUGAGUAUAUUGGACAACUAAUGUAAAAGCGUAGAUAAUAUAAAUUUUUUCUCAGAGGUAUAACUACAGAUUUUUGUUUUUCAGUAACAAAAUAUGUCACUAAUUUGUCUUCCUUGAUAUUCUUAAAGUGCUAUCGGAAUUAAAAAAUCCACAUGGAAAAA